AUGGCGACGCCGGAAUCAAACCUCGAUCCAAACCCCUUCCUCCAAGAACAAUCAUGGCACCUCCUAUCAAUCCUCCUCCAGAUCGGUCACCCAGUCGAUGCAGACUAUUUAUCUUCCCGUUGCCGCUUCUUCAAUGCUUCUUCCGAUUUCGUCCGUUACGUAGCAUCUCUCCCUGAUUCACCUCUCGCCGUUAACAGUAACGGUCUCCUUACUCCAUCCAUUAAAGCUGUUUUCGCCAUCGCCAGGUUUUUCUCGUUUCAAGUCCUUAAUUCAGCUCCGUCUUACUCGCGAAAACGUAAAUCGGUUUUAUCACUCCCCGAAGAUGGAAGAGAUCCGAAACGACUUGCAAUUGGCGACAAAGUUCCGGAAAUUUUCAUCAAGAGUUUUGUUGAUACUUCUGCAGAGGCUAUGAUGAGAAGAAGCUUCUGUACAAUGAAAUUUGAGUAUCGGGUUAUGCAUGAUGGGAAUUAUAUGAUUCCUAUAUGUAUUGAUACAGUUGGGGAGUGUUUGGGUUGGUCAGAACCAAAUUUUGAAUACAAGGAAGCAGAUAAUAAUGCCACAACGAACACAGCCCAAGGAGUGAUUUCUGACUCUCUGAUCAAAACCAGUGAGUGUUUUUUCGUCAGUGAUAGUGGUUUGAAGAAGCUUGAGGAUUUAGAUAGACUCCCGGAGCAUAAUCCUGUUGCGAUUCUUGCUCUACCGCCUAGUGUCCAUGAUCAAUCACUCUGUAAUGAGGGCAUUGUCGUCGGUACUGAGUCAGGGAAGAAAGUGGAUUGCUUUGACACAUUUGGGAAUGAGUAUCCUGAACUAAACAUAACCCAUUACGUGGACGAUGUUGAUGUUUGUAGAAAUAAUACUGGCAAAGAUCCACAAAGUGAUUCUAAUGAAAAAAAUAAAGAAUAUGAAAAAGGUUUAAAGGAAGAAGUGAUUAAUUAUGACAAAGAUAGAGGAAAGGAAGAUGUUGCUCAGAGUUGUAAACCUGUUUGUGAAGAACAACCAACCAAAGUUUUGGAAUUUAAAAAGGGUACACUUGUAAAAGAUUUGGAUAAAAACAAGAGAGUGAGAAACAUGGUGACCCGCUCCACCAAUAAAGCUGCACAUGCAAAUCCAAAGCCAGUUUCGAAAACUUCUCGCAUAUCUAAGGGAGGACUGAAAUAUGAUCCACACUCAAUGACUCAAAUUCUUGUAGAGUCACUAGCCUGUCACAAACUCGAGGAUGCUCCAAAAGUAAUUGAUCAAUGUAAAGAUGAUCAGAACACUGUAGCAAAAAACAAACUAAAACAAAAUCGUAAAGAAAACUUGGCAGAAGAUAACUCCAUGGCUUCUAAGGUGGAGAAAAAAACAUUUCCAUCUUUUGAAUCUUUUAAAAUAGAGGAAGAAGAAGGUUCAGGUGGUUAUGGCAUUGUUUACCGUGCUCAAAGAACUUUUGAUGGAAAAAGACUUGCUAUAAAAUGCCCUCAUAGUAAUGCUCAUAAAAAUCAUGUAAAUAAUGAGCGGAAUAUGCUUGAGCGUUUUGGGGGUAAAAACUUUAUUAUAAAGUUUGAAGGUUCUUUCAAAAGUGGCAACAAUGACUGCUUUGUUUUAGAACAUGUUGAGCAUGAGAGACCUGAGGUUUUGAAAAGAGAAAUUGAUAUCAAUGAGCUUCAGUGGUACGCGUAUUGCAUGUUCAAGGCACUUGCGUGCUUGCACAGAGAGGGAGUUGUCCAUAGAGAUGUCAAACCUGGAAACUUCCUUUUCUCUCGAAAGCUAAAGAAAGGCUAUCUUAUUGACUUCAACCUUGCCAUGGAUUUAAAGCAGAAGUACAACUUUGGAAGUAAAUCAAAACCAAGUCUUGGUGCAUCCAAUAAUAUUCCCCUCCCUUCUGGUCCUUCCCAUGUGGUCCAAGACAAGAAUCUUGGAGGAAUCAAGUCUCUAACAUCCAAUAGAAGGGAGUUGGCAGAUCACAAGAAAUAUUCUGACAUUAAUAGGCACUUGAAGCCCAAGGCUAAUGCUAGUCAACUGAAAAAUUGUCCGGAUAAGGCUGUUGCGAGUUUACGAAGAGCACAAGGAGCAGAUGGCUCAGGUAUAACCUCUGCCAAAGAUGUUACUAGCACUAAGACAGCUUCUGCCGAUAGGCUUCGAGAACCCUUACCUUUCCGAGGAAGAAAGGAGCUUAUCAGCCUUGUGCAGAAUUCUAUGCAAUGUGCAACUGGUAGUUCAAUGAAGAGUCCUUCUUCUCAGAGGAAAAGGGUUACUGCUCCUUCCGGCAAGGUAGAUGGCAGGACACUUUAUCUUACGCCGAUGCCUAUACAUUCAUCUACUGUUGCUUUGGGGUUAUUAAGAAGCAAAGGGGAUGGAAAACAUAAAAGAGAGGGUCCAUGUGUUGGAACUAAGGGAUUCCGUGCCCCAGAGGUUUUGUUCAGGUCUCAGUUUCAGGGAACAAAGGUUGAUAUUUGGUCGGCUGGAGUCACUCUACUAUACCUGCUGAUCGGGAAAACUUCUUUCCCUGGCGAACCAGAACAGAGUUUAAAAGAAAUUGCCAAAUUGCGGGGCAGUGAAGAGCUUUGGGAAGUGGCCAAGCUGCAUGACCGCGAAGCAUCAUUUCCACUGGAGUUAUUUGAUGACCAAUACUUGCAAUCAUAUGACAUAGAAAGUUGGUGCAAGACUCACACAAAGAGACCCGAGUUUGUUGAUCAAGUUCCAAAAUCACUGUUUGAUUUAAUAGACAAGUGCCUAACAGUAAACCCAAGGAGUAGGAUUAGCGUUGAAGAAGUUUUAAGGCAUGAGUAUUUUGCCCAAUGUAAUGAUAUCAUGAGAAAGACAAGGAUCCUUCGGCGAGGUCUCGGCUUAGAAACUUCAACUUCCAGAGCAGCAGUCUGA